AUGAGAGGUGUCAAAGUAUUAGACCUGAGUCACAAUAGCUUUACCAGCCUACCAGUCAACGCUUUUCCGAAUAGUCAUUUUGAAACAUUGAAACUAGACCACAAUCGACUUCAGACACUACCUAACGGUACCUUUCAAGGUGUAGCUCGUGAUAUAAAGUACAUCGACUUAAGCAAUAAUCAACUCUUAACCCUUCCGGAUGCUCUUGCGUCUUUAGAAAAGUUAAUAUCAUUGAACGUGUCCAAUAACUAUCGAGGGACAAAUGAUAUUACCUUGCCAAACAAUGUAAUGAGGGCUUUGGGAGAUACAUUGGAAGAGUUUACAUUCGGAAGUAUUCAACAACGGGAUUGGCCGAGAACUCUCAACCAUUUCCAGAAUCUGCAUCGCUUAGAGAUUACAGCUCUCCAUCCGGACUUGACUAUACUUCCGCCCACUGGUUUCCAUGGUUUCGAAACAACCCUUGUUGAAUUGUCUAUUCAUGAUACAAACUUGCUAGCUGUACCACUGGGUAUUUCCAAGUUACGCAAUUUACUGACGCUGAACUACGACGACAAUCAUAAUACCGGAGACAGUGGAAUACUUGUUCAGUCAUUCCCGACAAGCAGAAUUUCAAAACUUGCAACAUUGUCGCUUAAAGGAGACUCGCUGACAGUGUUUCCACUUGUCUUGAAAUAUCUCCAGAAGUUGACAAAGUUUAGCAUUGAUAAUAAUCCACUUGAUUUCUUAAGCGAAACCUCUGUGGAGGGACUACAUACUCUUCGUGAAUUAACAAUAAGAAAUUGUUCUUUGGAGCGAAUACCGGCCGCUUUGGCAACAAUUGCAGCAUUAAACGCUAUUGACUUCUCUUUUAAUGCAAUAGAGACUGUAGAAAAACGUGACUUACAAGGCUUCUCCAAUAUACAAAAGUUAACCCUUUCAAACAUGCCACUGAAAUAUAUUUCACGUGACUCCUUAGCGCCGCUGCAUUCUCUACAAAUUCUGGAGCUAAAUAAUACUGCCCUCAGAGAAGUACCACUUGCAAUUAAUUUCACAGAUAAUCUGAAGAACGUCAGCAUUGGACAUAACCGCAUUGACUGUAUGUGUGAAAACAUGGUCUGGCUAUUCCACAAGGCAGUCGAGUGUAACCCAAGUGGAACCCAUGGGUUUCAGGUCAUCGGCGAAUGUGAUACAAUUCAUGCAACUGUGGAAGAGUAUUUGACGGACUUUGUGAAGAGAUGUCCGGGCUACAAAGAAAUUUGUAAUAUCAUGCCUUAUGGCUAGUA